UUUUUUUUUAUCUAAAGGUUUAUUUUGCAACUUACAGAUAAAAAUUUUCAGUUUCAGCUAGGUGCCUGCGCGCUGAUCAAUAUCAUAACGCGAAGUUUGAUACGACAAAAGAUAACAUUUGAGUGUCGUUAUUGACACUCUAGAUAAAAUGGAAAUCUAAGAAAACCCUUUUUUUCUGUAAAAAAUGUCAAUGUUACAGGCCGCGAAAUUCGCGAAAGUCUUGAGUAAAAUAUUAUCAAACAACUUUGUCCCUCAUCGAAAUGUAUAUACUAGAUCUAGAUAUCUAUAUAAAAAUAAUUGUACCGUUGGAAAAUAAAUCGGUAUAUCAAAGAGAGAAAGGGAUGAUCUAGUCAAAUAGACGGAAAAAGCCAAAUUAUCCACAGGCUGAAUUAAAACAGGUAUGGAGUAUUCUACCCAUUUGGCAACCCCCAGUGCGUGAUCUCUGUCAUUCAGACGUUUGAAUAUAACCCGAAAUGUCUCAGAUGUCAGAAGGGAGUGUGUGGUAUCAGAAAGAAAUUGCCAUUUCUGCCAAAAAGCGGGGAUGUCACUUAAUCACAGAUGAUGUCCUGCACCAAGUCCCUGAAAUUCAAAGAAUAAAAAUAGGAGUUGCUAACAUACACAGUAUGUAUACAGUACAGUCUUUCUCAAAAAUCAAACAUACAUCUGCAAGUCUUUGCUUAAAUGAGAACUGGGACCCAGAUGUUAGAGUGGACAUGGAAAUGAUGAUCAACAAAUUAAUACCAGAGAGUACGCCAUUUAAACACAGCUGUGAGGGGCCAGAUGACAUGCCCGCCCACGUGAAGGCGGCGUUUAUUGGUACAGGGGUCAGUAUUCCCAUCACCAACGGCAACUUUAACCUUGGCACCUGGCAAGGACUCUGGCUCUGCGAACACAGGAAUGCUGCAGGGAAGAGAAAUCUCGUGGUGACGGUCAAUGGAUCUCUACGUUGAUUAAAUAUAUCUGACAGUAUCGGGUCAGCUGUUUGUUCUGCGAAGGCUGUGUAGAGUAUUAAAAUUACGAAACCCUUGAUUUAGUUAACGUGUAGCUGUGAUAUAUACCGUUACAAUUUUAUUACCUCGUGUGUGUGGUUUUUUUUUAUCAGCACGAAUAAAAAAAAUGUGACCAUUUCCACGACAAUUUCAUUUGAAGAUGUCAAAUCUGUAUCCUAUUUUUAGAGAUUUCACUAAACUUUUGAUUUAUGAUAGCUUAAUUGCGACCUUUACUGCAAGAAUUCAAAUAAAAAAACAUCACAAGGUUCUAGGAUGGAUUUUUAAAGAAGUUGACAAUUAUGACCAUAUCUAAUAUUUCAAUUGUAUUCAAUAUAACAUUGACCAUCCAAUGUUUCUUUUAUUAAUAAAUGGAAGGGAAACAAUAGCAUACCCUGGGCUUUAUUUAUGAGCUCCAUUACAUACAGUAGUAUAUUUUGCACUAUAUUACAUGCAUGUUUGUAUCUUAAGGUAUUCAAUGUAUAAUGACCAUAUUUCAUAUCUCAUAAAUGGAUGGUGGAAUAUUUGUAAUCAUGGUAUCAUUUUGAAGGGUUCAUCAAAUAAACAUAAUCCACCAUAGGAAUUUUCAAAAUUUUGUUUACUGCUUGAUUUAUUUCACCUAGAAUUUAACUUUGAAGUAUAUGGGAAAACCAUGUUUUAAUUAUUACAAUAUUUUAAAAACAAAUUAUAUUUUCAUAAUAAUCUCUUGGUAGAAAGUUACAUACACUUUCUUUUUAAGAAAAUAUGAAAUAAAAUUAAUCAUUGACCACACACAUUUUUCGAAAAUUAGAUUUUUCUUAUUUUUACAAAGGGUAGACAACUCUUCCAAAAAGUCUUAAGUGCAGAAAGGUCAGCUUCUAAUCAUUUACCAGUCAUGUGAAUUUCAUCUGCUUCACUUUCAUCAUUAUUUAACAAUAAACUUUUAUGUUGAUCUAAAUCCUUCAAAA